AAAGCAUAUAAUUUUCUACCCCACUAUUCAUCGUUUUAUACUGACGUAGUUUUCAUCUGAAAAAUGUAAAAGGGACCAUUUCAGUUGCCGAUUAAUGUAUCUAUAGCUAGUUUGCAAAACGAGUAAUCGAGCGAUUCUAUCCGAUUCGAAUGGUUUCACUUUGUAAUUGAGAUGAAACUGUAUUGUACGUGAAUUUGCAUUAUUCUGAUUUCUGUGAGCGUAUUAUUUGCUAGCUGGCUCAACAAGACAGCCAAAAUACAUCGAAGGGUCCUGGUGAUAAAAAUACUCGUGGCUGUCAUGUCAGCAAUGCCACUAGAGCUCAAAUCGUUCAUUGGGGAGCACUCAACCCUUUUGUUUCGCUUAAAAUUGACUUUAAAUGGCAUUUGCACUUUUUGACCAAAUUUCCCUCGCAUUUAAUUCGGUGCUGCGCGGGGAACGGUCCUCGGCGGCUGGGCGUAGCUUGCGGUACCGCACUGGCUGUUCCCGCCCGGCGUGUCCAAGUCCCGGAUAAUCUGUCACACAGCGAGCCAGCUGAUUGGUCGCUGGGUCGCCGGCCCAAACAGACAUAGCCUCGCGGAGGGCCGCGCAGCACCGGCGGCCAAUGAACGCGCUCUUUGCGAGGCACGCUGCGCGGUCGGCGAGCGCGGGCUGCGCGCCGGGACGAGCGGCGUGCCGGCCGUAUCGCCGGGGGCAGCCGGGCCGCCAGUCGCCGGCCGGCCCUGUGCCUCUGUACUGCAGUGGUCAGCUGCUAGACUGCGCGCGCCGCCCGUACCACAGCGCCGAGCCGGGCCGGGUCGACACACAGAGCAGCCCGCCCACCAGCCGCCACCAUGUUAGGGGUGUUCGGAACGCUCAAGAGCUUCUGCAAGAUCCGGGAGGUGUCCAACGACUGUCCCGUGUUCCGGCUGCACUAUCAGUUCACCACCGGCCUGCUGGCGCUCUUCAUCCUGAUCCUGACGGCCACCCAGUUCAUCGGCAACCCCAUCGACUGCAUCAACGAUGGCGACAUCAGCACCCACAUCAUCAAUUCGUACUGCUGGAUCAUGUCCACGUUCACCAUGCCGGAUGCCUUCUACAGGCAAGUGGGUGAGGAGGUGGCUCACCCCGGCGUCGGUAACGUCGGCUCGGCCUGGAACGAUGACGAGGCCACCAAAUACUACACCUACUACCAGUGGGUCGUGUUCGUGCUCGCCUUCAUGGCCAUCCUCUGCUACGCGCCCAAGUUCAUCUGGGACGCCAUGGAGAACAACAUCAUGGGCACCGUCGUGAUGGGCCUCAACUGGGGCCUCAAGACCGAGGACGAGAUCACCAAGAAGAAGCAGACGCUAGUAGACUACAUGCUUCGUCAUAUUAGGUCUCACGACAUGUACGUGUACCGCUACUUCUUCUGCGAGCUGCUCUGCCUGGUGAACGUCAUCGGCCAGAUGUACCUGAUGGACGCCUUCUUUGACGGCGAGUUCUUCACGUACGGCUCGCGUCUGCUCAACUUCUCCGAGAUGCCACAGGAGGAGCGUGUCGACCCCAUGGUGUACGUUUUCCCGCGGCUGACCAAGUGCGUGUUCCACAAGUUCGGUCCUUCGGGAACGGUCACCCGCCACGACUCGCUCUGCGUGCUGGCGCUCAACAUUGUCAACGAGAAGGCCUUCAUCUUCGUCUGGUUCUGGUACAUCAUCCUGGCCACCAUGCUGUCGGUGGUGCUGCUCCUGCGUGCCAUCAUGAUCUUCGUGCCGGCCGUGCGCCCCAGCCUGAUCCACAUGAAGAACCGCAUGGUGCCUAAGGAUGCCAUCGAGGUGAUCUGCAAGAAGAGCUCUCUGGGCGACUGGUGGCUGCUCUACAUGCUCUGCUUCAACCUGGAUCCUUUCGUCUACAAGGAUGUCAUCGCUGAGUUGAGCAAGAAGAUCGAGACGGCCGAGAGCAACGUGCCUCAGAGCAAGUCGUCCAUGGUCUGAGCGGCCGGUCCUUCAGGCCGGUCCGUGCGGCCGGCCGGCGGCUCCGCUAGUGGACAUGACCUCGCCUUUGGUGCUGACAAAGGGGCGGCCAUGUUCCGUGAAGGGACGCAUCGUGAGUGCUGUUAUGUAGACAUGGAGAUUACUGCAGCGAUGUGGUUUGUCCGUCAGAUGUCGGGCAGUUUGUCCGGGCUGCGGUGGCGGAGGACUGGUGACCGGUCCAAUAACGGCACCGUCCCCGCGCCCCGAGCACCAACACCAACCAGCCGAGCAUUCCGGCUCAGCCGGCGCAGUUGGGCGGUUUGCAUGGUCUGAAUGUGCGAUGGUCGAAACUUUUAUGCUGCCUUCUGGGGACCAAUAAUAUGAAGCAACUAGUGGCUCAAGAUUAGGAUUCCUUUGUAUGAUUUUUACGACGUUUUUACAACCGAGCUUGCGCGGUGCGGGGAGUGGUUUGUCCGCCGGCGCUGCCCGCCGUUUGCAUGUAUGACCGUGGUCGCCGGAGGCCGGCAUCCAGCCGGGCGAGGCGUGGUGCAGCGCCGCAGGGCUGCUUUAUAUCUACAUCACUGGCACCCACAUGGCGAAAGGAUCUCACGCAGACUGUUCGAUCCGGGCUCAGCAGAUGACAGAAGGCGCCUGCGUUGUGUACAUCGCUCGCCAAUGAACUAGUGUGUGGCGAUCGCUCGACUCUGUCCCGCCAAUUUCUAAAUUCUCAGCAUCGCUCGGCGGGCUGAAUGUUGAAUGUGCGCCGGACCGAACGAGUCGGGUGGCCUGUAUUUUUGUACUGAUUCGUCGUAUGCUCUACCAGGUACGUAGAUAAUAAAGUCUGCUGUGAUUA